AUGCCUCGAAAAUCCACCUCCAGCACACCAGGCGACCUGGAAGAAACGCAGACACAGAUACACACGCAAUCCCCCGACCUGCCUGAUCAGUCGCCAUCCCAGCCCGUUUCGCAAUCAGUACAAGCGACGGAGCAGCAGUUGAAGGCGAGGGCGAGUAUUGAUGACUAUCUCCUUCCUCGCUCGCUAACCCUCCGUCUUGCUAAAUCCGUCUUGCCCCCGAAUACCUCCCUCCAGAAGGAUGCGGUGUUGGCGAUCCAAAAGGCCGCGACGGUGUUUGUUUCAUAUUUGUCGUCGCACGCCAACGAAGCAACACUCAAACGCACCCUCUCCCCCGCAGACGUAUUUUCCGCGCUCUCAGAACUAGAACUCGAGGGGUUCCGACCUCGAUUGGAGAAAGAGCUUGAUGCGUUUACGGACCUGAAGGCUGGGAAGAGGAAGAGUAAGGGAGGGAAUACCAACACGAGUAACAGCACUAAUAAUACCGGUGCUGCUGCUACUGCUGCUGCCGAUGUCGAUGUCGGGAUCGGUAAGGAUGACGCGACUAGCAUUGUCGAGGGUGGGGAGAAAGAUGCAGCGAAGGAAGGGUUAGGUGCGAGUGUCGCGAGGGGCGCGAAGAGGGUGAAGAGAGAUGUGAAUGGGAGUGGGGUCCAUGGGGAUGACGAGGACGACGACGGAGAUGAGACACAGGAUGAGCCCGAGAAGGUAGAUGAGAAUGAGACGGAGGUUGAGGAGGAAGACGACGAAGAAGAGGAGGACGAAGAUGAGGAUGAGGUACCAGAGGAAGAGGAUCCGGAUCGCGUGGAAGAUCUAGAUCGAGACUCGAGAGCUAAACGGACGAUGGAUCCCGAUGCGGCGGGCGAUGAUGAUACGGAAAGUGAGGAUGAGAAUGGGCCGGGGUCGCAGUUGCGAGGGGACCUGGGACUCGGAUAG